CCGCACAUAAAAGGCUCCGCGGCUCUACGCUUACUUGGUGCUGAGAAGCUGAGUCUGCGGGUCCCCAGGUCUGUGUGUCCCGCCCUUCCCCACGCAGCUUUCAGUCAUGGCGGCCGGUAACGCGCACAUCGGAAAGCCAGCCCCGGACUUCCAGGCCACCGCCGUGGUGGAGGGCGCCUUCAAGGAGGUGAAGCUUUCCGACUACAGAGGGAAAUACGUGGUCCUCUUUUUCUACCCGUUGGACUUCACUUUUGUGUGCCCAACAGAGAUCAUCGCUUUCAGCGAACAUGCCGAGGACUUCCGAAAGCUGGGCUGCGAGGUGCUGGGGGUCUCUGUGGACUCGCAGUUCACCCACCUGGCUUGGAUUAACACCCCCCGGAAAGAAGGAGGCUUGGGCCCUCUGAACAUCCCCCUCCUGGCUGAUAUAACCAGAAGCUUGUCCCACGAUUAUGGCGUGUUGAAGGAAGAUGAGGGCAUUGCCUACAGGGGCCUCUUUAUCAUCGAUGGCAAGGGUAUCCUUCGCCAGAUCACCAUCAAUGAUUUGCCUGUGGGGCGCUCCGUGGAUGAGGCUCUGAGGCUGGUCCAGGCCUUCCAGUACACAGAUGAACAUGGGGAAGUCUGUCCCGCUGGCUGGAAGCCAGGCAGUGACACAAUCAAACCCAACGUAUGUGACAGCAAGGAAUACUUCUCCAAACACAACUAGGCUGGCAGACGGGUGCCAAGCUUGGGCUCUUGGUCUCCACUUGUGCCCCUACCUGGGUGCCCUGUGCUGGCCCUGGAAAGGCCAAACCUGCCCCUUCAUGUUCCAGUCAGUGAUCCUGGAAGGCUAGGCCAUGGCCGUCUCAUAUUCCUAGCCAAGUGGUGAAUGGUGAACCCCUCCCUGUAGCCCACCUAGCAGGGCAUAGGCCUAGAGGUGACCAAUAAAGUGUUAGGGACAAAAAUGUGA